AGAAUAUGCUCGGCAUGUGGGCAGACAAUGCAGGGAGCAUUCGUUCGUGCAUUGGGGACUGUAUUCCACCUCCAAUGCUUUAAAUGCAUGGACUGUGGGACAGUCGUAGCCUCUAAAUUCUUCCCUAUCGACGGGAACGAUGGCAAGCAGCAACCCCUCUGCGAACGGGACUAUUUCCGUCGGCUGAAUCUCAUUUGUGCAAAGUGCGGAAUGGCGCUGCGAGGGAGCUACAUCACGGCGUGCAACAAGAAGUUUCACGUUGAACACUUUACAUGUUCCAUUUGUCCAACGUUAUUCGGCCCCCAGGACUCGUACUACGAGCAUGACAAUGACGUGUACUGUCAUUAUCACUACUCGACUCGAUUUGCGACCAAAUGCGCUGGGUGCAACACGGCGAUCCUCAAGCAGUUUGUUGAGAUCAAUCGAAAUAUGCGAGACGAGUGCUGGCACCCAGAAUGCUACAUGAUCAACAAAUUCUGGAAUGUCAAGGUCGUUACGCGUCGGUCAAUGAAUCUCACAGGCCAAAGUAUGGAGGUCAGUGAACCUCUGUACGCGGAUGAGGAGCGCAAGGAGACAGCAGCGACACUCAAAGAGAAACAAGUCAGAAUGGAACAGCAAGUCUACCGUAUCUGGACGGUUUUAUCGGCAUUCGAGGAGUCGAGUGCCGCAUGUAUAUCAGAUAUGUUGCGGCAGGUCAGUAGCGGACAAUAUCUCGAGGCCAUCAGGAUGGCGGAGAAAUUCAUCUUGCACGUGGAGGUAUUGUUUGCCACCAUCGAUGACUUGGAACAUUACUUCGGACGUCUUAACCUCAAGGGAAUGUCACAUGUACGAGAAGCGCGCAUGUUGUGCCGCAAGACGGUCGACCUCUUCACUCUGUUAUCGCAUACACAAGAGACCGGUGCGAAAAGGAUGGGGAUGACCCAGGAGCUUCUCGCGCUUGUAACCGGCCUCGCGCACUAUCUCAAGAUCUUGAUUCGGAUUGCGCUUACAGGUGCAUUGAAGCUUGAGCGGGAGCACGACAUGCGUGAGGCCAUGUCUUCUUUCCUCGACAAGCUACACCUUCUUGCCUCGCCCUUCCUCGGUGCACCGCGCGAUCCUGGACUCAGCAGUGUCCCUGUGGUCAAUCCACCGUCGGAUCUGUGCGUCAAAUGCAAUCUGACCGUCGAAGAGGACUGCGUGCGGCUGGGGACAUACCAGCGCUGGCACUCACAUUGUGUGCAGUGCGCGACAUGUGGAAAGGUGGCUGCUCUAGACACUGUCAAAGAUACACCAUCCUUCGGUGCGAUACCGACCGUCGUCUACUGUACAGAGCAUGGCCAUGGAUAUUGUCGAUCUGGUUUUCAGGCAGUGUCGCGGUUGGAGCAGUACGCCUUCCUCCUCAACGUUGCUCUCCGUCGCCUCUAUUUGCUUCUCAAGAAACGCAAAGUCAUUCCGCUCACACCUACAAUCGAACUGAACGCCGGCACAGCUACGGGACAGGCUCCGGAGCUCCAGCAGGAUCCGUACCGAAACUCGGGAGACAUCAUGCGUAUGAAGUCUCACCUCGACCGCAAGUUGUCCGCAACAUCCUCCGCUGCGCGGCUACCCAAACGCUCGACGAUUGUAGAGAGCCCGACGGGGAAAGUCGCGCAGUCGACGGAUGUACAUAACUCACACAAGGCCCACCAUCCCGAUAUCAUGAUUGUUGACGAUUCGGCACCAACAUCGCCUGCUGGCGGACCUCCAUACGACCCCCUUAUUCCGCCUGUGGGGGAGGAUAACAUCACAUUAGCAGACAUUCCCCAGCUCGUAGAGGCUGCUCAGGCAAUUGAACAGCAUCGGUCGCUGCCACGGCAGAAUUCGAUACCGUAUAUUGCGGAGCUCACACCCCUUGAGCUAGCUAUUGUGAAACAUUGUGCGGUGCUCGUCCUCCAACGGUCGCCGCUGCGCGAUCAGUUCGACCUCGACGAGAUCUUAGAGAUGGUGGAGGUUAAGAAGCAGGGAUUCUGGAAACAGCUAUUCAAGGGAAACGAUAAGAAGAAUGUGAAGAAGAAAGGCGUUUUCGGUGUGCCCCUCGAGCUGCUUGUUGAGCGAGAGGGCGCUGACUCCAUGCAUGGCGCCUCUCGAGCUACCCUGAGAGUUCCCAGUUUCAUCGAUGACGUGGUAUCCGCGAUGCGACAAAUGGAUGUGUCUGUGGAGGGUAUAUUCCGAAAAAAUGGGAACAUCCGCCGGCUGAAGGACCUGACCGAGACCAUUGACCGAGACCCUUCAUCUGUGGAUCUGAGUCAAGAUAACGCAGUGCAGCUUGCGGCUUUACUCAAGAAGUUCCUUCGAGAUCUACCAGAUCCGCUCAUGACCUUUAAGCUACAUCGGUUACUUAUUGCGUCUCAAGCAUUGCCGAAUGAAGCCGACCGUCAGCGAUUGCUUCAUAUGAUCUCACUCAUUCUUCCUAAGAGCCAUCGGGAUACUAUGGAGAUUCUCUUCGUUUUCCUCAAGUGGGUCGCCCAGUUCGCUCACAUGGAUGAACAGACGGGCAGCAAGAUGGACCUACCGAACCUUGCGACAGUCAUUUGUCCGAGCAUCCUUUACUCACAAGGCCGCGACGCCGUCCGGGACGACAGCUUCGGCGCGAUCCGCGUGGUCACCGCGCUGUUGGAGAACCAGGACGAGUACUACGCUGUGCCGCAGGAGUUCUUACCUAUCCUUCAUGAUCAAGACUACUUUGCGCACAGCAUGGACCUCCCUAGCAAGGAGUUCAUGAAGAAGUGUGACACGUAUAUGCGUCUCAAGGCGAGUGGGCGAAGUCUACCAGGACCCAGCAUGUCGCCCGGAGGCUCGUCGUCUCCAUUUCAGCCCAACAAUGCUGGUUUAGCGCGAUCAAACGAGAGUGUAGAACCGCGGUCAGUCCAUUCAUUCUCAGUGGAUUUACUCUCAUGGGCUGAUUGUGCCCGAAUUUGGUAUAACAAUAUGUCUCAGGUUGGGUCCUUCAUUAUCCCGAAGCCCUGA